AUGAAUCACACUUCAUCAUCUGUGCUAGAUGAUGUAGUCGAACCUUCGACGACAACGACAACUACUCAAGGACAGACACAGUCGCAGACACAAACACAAACACAAACACAGACACAGACACAGACACAGAUAAGCCAAAGCAAUGCUGAGGCAAUAGACAACUCAGACAAUUACAAUCAUAUACCUUUCUCACCAUUCGCACUGGAGCAUCAUCAUCACCUGACAGAGAUGCAACUUCAAUCGAAUCAAUCGCCAUCCACUUCAUCAGAGACAGUGGCAACGACAAUCAAUAGCAAUAGCAACAACAGCAACACAACAACAACAAUUCAAACAACAGAUAUAGUAAACUCUACUUCUCUUACGACAAAGGAAGAUAGUAUUGCAACACAACUUCAGAAGGAGAAGGAAAGAGAGAGGGAGCGAGAGAAAGAGCGCGAACGAGUGGAUGAGAUCAUCAAGUUGUACAGCGAAUCCACCGGCCACUUUGACUCUUGGGCAGCACUCAAUCAUUUGUUUCAACACCAGAGUUGCGCUGGUGUCGUUGACUAUCUUUGUAACAAGUUCUAUUCAGUAGAGGAUAAAGACAUUGACUUCUUUAUCACUCAACUAUGUGUUAUUCUAAUCAAUCAACCAUAUGAACAAAAGGUGGCACUAUCAUCCUUGGCAAGAUUCGUCAUGGAUAGAUGUGCAAUGUCAAUGCGUUUUGCCAUCAAGGCCUAUUGGAUCUUCCAGGCAUUCGAAGAGGAUGGCCAGAAGAACCUACUUUCCAUUGAGGACAAUGCAUACCUUCAACAAAGCCAUGUGCCCAUUGACACCUCCCCCAACUCUCAUCCACACCCACAUCCACAUACCCAUCAAGCCAGUGCGAUGACCACCGGCACAACACCAUCAUCCUCUCCAUCGAAUAAGCCAUCAUUCCAAGUGGCAAAUCAACAACCAUCCAACUCCCCGACCAGCCCCAGCACUUCAGAGUCGGCCACAGUGGCCGCUGCAGCAAGCGGCAGCAACACCAACAAUAAUGGCAUCACAAAAGUACUGAUUAUCAACGAUACCACAGACAAACCGACAGUGUCCAACUAUCGUCUCAUUGAAAUGAAGAAAGAGUUGGGCACUCGACUUAGAGAGUACUGCGAGAUGUCGGUCAUCACUUGCUCGAGACCGCUGCUGACCAGACCGCGUACCUCAUCACUGCCCUCACCACUCAUGUCCUUUUCCAAUCUCAAUGUAUCCGCUGCGUCCCCAAAGACGCCCACCGUUCCGAUCACUCCGCCUCCCAUAUCGAUAUUGGCCGAGUCGACUGGCUCAAACAGUGGCGAUGUACAACAACAACAGCAACAACAUCAAUCACAGAUGCUGCAAGAACCUGAGAUUCCCGAGAAGUCCAGGACACCGCCUCCUCAAAUGAUGGAGACAAAGGGACUGUCAGACUAUGACUUUGAGCUGCAGAUUUCAAAGAGCUACCGAUGCGACUACCUCAACUCGAUCCUUUCAUUCGUCCAAACACUGUCCAACAUCUCAAAGAAGUUGAUAUCCGUUCCAAUCGAUCUCCGUCAAGCGAAGCUCAAGGACGAGAUCAGCAUUCUAAACAUCAAACUCACGCUUGGCCUCUACCUCCCAUUGUGGCAAGCAUCGAACCACCAUUGCAUCGUGAGGAUACCACCCGAAGAGGUCAAGAUCCUCAACUCGAGGGAGCGCGUCCCCUAUCUUUUGGUGUUGGAGAUCAUCGACAGUACAGAGGAGGCGUCCUCUGCCAACAUUCUCCGCAUCGUCAGCUCCUAUCCACUCCCCCUGCCAAACAAACAUCACAGCACAAAGAAUCAUGGCGUGAAGAGAGUUGAUGCGCCAGCCUCUCCUCUCUCCAUCCAAUCAACAGGCACUCCCGACACUGGCUCACCACAGCGCGUCUCGUUCAUGUCAAGCAGUAGCAGCAGCACAGCAUCGACACCAAUCCAAUCGAAUCCAGUGACGAGCAUCUCAUCCUCGUCCAUGUCCAACUCCCCAACUACGACCACUCUCCCCUCCAUCUCUGCCACAUCACCCUUGUCAUCACCAAUCGUUGAGAAACUGCUCACAGAGAACAAGUUUGCUCACUUUGGUGAGCUGUGGGAGGAAAAGACAGAGCGAUACAGGAAGAUAUCUCCGUAUGGACACUUGUCCAACUGGCGACUGGCAUCAGUGAUUGUCAAGACCGGUGAUGAUUGUCGACAGGAACAGAUGGCGGUCCAGUUGAUCACAAAGUUCCAAGAGAUAUGGCAAAACGCUAGACUACCUCUAUUCUUGCGGCCGUACUCUAUCCUGGUCACCUCAUCGUCCAGCGGCAUCAUCGAGACCAUCCCCGACACCAUCUCUCUGCACAACCUAAAGAAGAACACAACGCACGUCACCCUGCUCAACUACUUCAAGGCAACGUACGGCGACCAGACUGACUCAUUCCGUAUCGCUCAAGCCAAGUUUGUCGAGUCGAUGGCAGCGUACUCGAUCGUCACCUUCCUGCUGCAAGUGAAGGAUCGUCACAAUGGCAACAUCCUCAUCGACAAGGAAGGUCACAUCAUUCACAUUGACUUUGGCUUCCUCCUCUCCAACAGCCCAGGCAACAUGUCGUUCGAGUCGGCGCCGUUCAAGCUCACACAGGAGCUGAUCGAUGUGAUGGGUGGCACCAUCCAGUCGCCACAAUUCCUGUACUACCAGGCACUGUGCGUACGCGGCUUCCUGGAGGCUCGCAAACACUACGAGAAGAUCGUGUCGUUUGUCGAGCUGAUGAUGACUGGUCCCCGAAUGUCCUGCUUCCAAGGUGGUCGCGACUGUAUCGAGCAGCUCAAGCUGCGGUUCAUGCUCAACAUCCCUGAGCGCGAGUGCGCCAACCAUGUCGAGCAACUGAUUGUCAACAGUCUAGACCACCGUGCCACCCGCUACUACGACUCUUAUCAGUACUGGUACAACUCCAUAUAUAGUUAA